AUGGCUGUAAAAGCCCUCAUCUCCACUCUGGAGGAUGAAAUCCUUGAUCCUGAAGAAGGUUUCAUCGACCCCAAAGCGACGACGCUAUCGCUCACCCUCGCCGACCGGGACUUCACCAUCCACCAAUCUCCGACGGUCCUCUCAUCAACCCGGGCAGGCGGCACAACCGGCGCUGAACUAGGCUGCGGCAUCUCCCCCUUGACAGCCCUCCUCCUCGCGCCCAGAAUAUCCCGCUACAUCCUCACAGACCAGCCAUACGUCUCGCGCAUGAUCCACCAGAACCUCGAGGCGAACCCCCUCCCAUCCUCCACGGCUUCCAAACCCUCAUCCCGUCGGAAAAGGACCACUUCCACCGCUACCACCCCCUCAGCAUCCUCAAGUCUGGGAAGCAUACAAUUCACGGCUCUGGAUUGGGAACUCGACACCCCGACGCCCUCCCUCACAGGCUCACCCGCGACCCGCUCCUUCGACGCCGUCGUGUGCUGCGACUGCAUCUACAACGAGGCCCUGGUCGACCCCCUCGUCUCCACGACCGCCGACCUCGCUCGGCUCCGCCUGCGCGUCCAGGAAGAGGAAGAGGAAACCGACGCGGAGGAGGCGGAGCGGUCCGAGCCGUGCGUGUGCAUAGUGGCCCAGCAGCUACGUAGCCCCGAUGUGUUUGAGGAAUGGGCCGAGAGCUUUCAUAGGCGGUUCCGCAUGUGGAGGGUCCCUGACGAGUUGUUGCCAGAGGGGUUGAGGAUCGAGUCUGGGUUCGUGGUUCACGUGGGUAUCUUGCGAGAUUCAAAGUUUGAACUUUGA